AUGAAUGACGAGUUAAUCAAUAGUGCGGUUACGUUCUUAAAGGAUCCACAAGUUGCUAGUUCACCUUUAACUAAAAAAGUAGAGUUUUUAGAAUCAAAAGGUUUAAAUCAACAAGAAAUCGAAGAAGCGUUGAAAAGAGCUAAUGAUAACGCCUCUCAAUCUCAAUCUGUCGGUACUACCCAAUCAUCAUCAUCAUCAUCAUCAUACGCACCACCAACUCCACAACAGGGUCCACCAAUAGAUUAUUACAACGCUCCACCACCCAUUCCAGAAAGAUCAUGGAAAGAUUAUUUUAUCAUGGCCACCGCUACUGCUGGUAUAACUUAUGGGUUUUAUCAAGUUCUCACUCGUUACGUGAUUCCAACUAUUAUUCCACCAACCCAGUCAUCCAUAGAUCAAGACAAAGAAACCAUAAAUGAAGAGUUUAUGAAGAUUGACAAGGUUUUGGAACAGUUGACCAAUGAACAACAGGAAAUCAAAACAUCUAAUGAAGCGAAAUUGGCAGAAGUCGAUACCGUUAUCGACAAUGUCAAUGAUUUCUUGAAUAAAUACAACAAAGAUAAAUUGAAAUUUGACGACGAUUUAAGGUUAAUGAAAUUGGAAAUUGAGAAUUUGAGCAAUAGCAUUGAAAAGAAUAUGAAGUUGACCAAAGAAAAUAUAAAUGAUGAAUUAGGAGAAGUCAGUCAAGAGUUGCAAUCCUUGAAGAACUUGAUCAAAGCAAGAGCCAGCUCCAAUACCCAAGCCAAUGGUGACUCCAGAAAGAUCGCACCAGUUUCGUCCAUCCCAUCUGCCUCAGAAAUAUUGAAGAGAGCUAGAGCUAAGAACAAUGAAAGUUCUACCACUCCAGAACCAGUGACUAUAACAGACACGACCAAGAAAUCACCUGCAGUAGAAACUGAAGAUGCCAAACGCAGUGAAAACACAAGCGAAGGAGGAGUUACCGCAGCUGGUAUCCCAUUGUGGCAAUUACAAGCUAAAGAGAAAGAAGAACAAGAGGAAAAGAAUGUAAAGAACGACGUUCAAGAAGAAUCGGGUAUUCCAUCUUGGCAACAAUCAACAGCUGCAGAUGCGCAGAAGUCAGAAGAAGAAAUCAAAGAAAAGAUUAAGAGUGUUGGCGUUCCAUCCUGGCAAUUGAACUCAAAUAAUUCAUCUGCUAAUACUGGAAUUCCAUCAUGGCAACAAGCUGCUUCAUCAUCACCACCAAACGCUUCUUCCACCUCAUCAUCUUCUUAG